AUCUAAAUUGAUAAUAGUUAUAUAAUUAUAAAUUAUAUGACGUAUCAAUUAUUUACAAUAAAUUUUCGGCUAAACGCCGCGGUAUGAAUAAAUAGGUACAUACUAUUCUGUAUAACUAUAACUCCAAAUAAACAAAAUACAUUUAAGUUUCAGAAGAAUUUGCCAUUGUUGUUAUUUGUGAAUUUCCAUUAGCUUUAACCUUGGGCGUAGAAGAGCUGGCGGGGAGAAAAAAAAAUACAUAAACGAAGCCCUGCAAGCAGCAAAACGUUUAGUAAUGUUUUCCAUUCAGCUAACGCAUAUUCGGUGGUAGAUAUUAAUUUUUUUUCUUACGUUAAAAACACUUAUAACGUAUAUUUUACGAUAUAAUAUGUAUUAUAUAUGUAUACAUAAAUAAAUACUCUUACAGUUGUACCAUAACAAACCAAAUUGUGAUACCGAUGUUCUGUGAUGCCAAUUAAUCAUGGUGGCCCUAGGCAUCAUGGCAUGCAUGACCUUCACGUUAUUUUGGGGUAAAAAUCCAUUUUCCGCUACAAUGACGCCCAGGGGUCGAUGUGAAGGUUGUUGUCCAAUAAACGAAAAAGAGGACAUCGCAUUUUUUUCAUAUUCGAGGAGCAACCCUUUUCAUCCGAAACGCAUAUAUAUCGGUGACGAUGUUUCCCUGCUCAGAGCUAAUAUGAUGCGAAAUUUGACAACCGUGAUCUAUGUUCACGGGUUUACCGAGCAGGGAAACUCCAAGGGUGCGGAGACCAUAAAAAAAGCGUAUUUACAUCGAGGAAGUGUGAAUAUUAUAAUAGUGGAUUGGAGUCCUAUGUGCGCAUUUCCGUGGUAUAGUCACGCAGUACUCAAUACGCGUAUAGUUGCUAAAUAUUUGGCCAAGUUCAUAGAAUAUUUAGUGUACAGAAAAUUCUAUCUUUCCAAAAUACAUUUAAUUGGAUUCAGUCUGGGCGCUGAAAUAGCAGGGUUCACUGGUAAAAAUCUUAAGAUCGGAAAACUUCCACGAAUUACAGGUCUCGACCCGGCUUUUCCACUAUACAUGUGGACGGGAAAGAUGGGACAUCUGACGCCUUCGGAUGCCGAAUUUGUGGAUGUUAUACAUACUGAUGGCGGUGUGUUUGGAUUUCCAGUGGCCCUAGGUCACGCUGAUUUUUUCCCUAACGGUGGUUUUCCAUUGCAACCUGGGUGCAGCGUUCGGGAAUUAGCGCAGACUAACCUCUUAACCAGAAUCAUGGCUUGCAGCCACGACAGAGCGUGGGAGUAUUUUGCGGAAUCCGUCAUUAAUCCUACUGGAUUUCCUUCAUUGCGAUGUUUAAACUAUGAAUCGUUUACCAACGGCACUUGUUUCAGAGACUUUGCAUACUCCAGAGAACAAAAAGUCCAAUAUAUGGGAUUGGCAGUCAACAAACAGAUUAAGGGUCAAUUUUACUUGGCUACCAAACCAACAGCACCGUUUGCGUACAAUAAAAUAUAUAAACCCUAAUAGCGUAUCUAUAAAACUGUUUAUUAGUUUUAGGAAAAGAAAUAAACUUGUUUCCU